CGAGGGCUGCUGUGGUGACUGCACUGUCUGCUCUUUAAAACACAGACGAGCCACAGAAGUAGGCAUUUGUUCAGUGGCAGCAGCUCCUGUGGACACAGCAGGUGUUAACAGUGCUAUGGAGGAAUCCGAGCCCAUUAUGGCUGCGAGGUCAGAGGAGAGGAGGCUGAAUGGACACUGCAGAUGGAGCGCUCACACUCAGAACCUGGAGUCCAAGAUGGUGGAAGAGUUUAGACGGAGACUCAAGUACUUCUUCAUGAACCCCUGUGAGAAAUACAAAGCCAGGGGUCGCAAACCAUGGAAACUAAUGCUGCAAAUAUUAAAGAUUGCAAUCAUCACAGCCCAGUUAGUUUCCUUCGGCCUCAGCAACGAAAUGAUGGUCACCUUCAAAGAUGAAAAUCUGAUGACAUUCAGACAUCUGUUCCUCAAAGGAUAUAAGGAUCAAAGACAGGGAAACUACGCAUUAUACACAAAAACAGACGUAUAUGACCACAUCUACUUCAUCAUCAACAGGUACAUCAAUCUCCAAAAUCUGACUGUGGGCAACCUUGCAUAUGAGAAACUCAAAGGUGUGAGCACGCCUCUGUCAGUCUGUCAGGUGUUUUACAGAAACAGCUGCAUCGAUCCAGGCAAUGAGACCUUUAACAUUGACCCACACAUUGAUGAAGAUUGCAUUUCCAUACACCCUAUGCAGACAUUGGACAACAUGAACUUCUCUUUAGAUUUCAAGAGGCUGCUAUCAGUGAACAUCUACCUCACCCUGAAAACCAUCAAUCUGCAGACUGUACGGCACCAUGAGCUACCAGACUGUUAUGACUUCCAUAUAACAAUCAUCUUCGAUAACCAUGCACACAGCGGAAAGAUAAAGGUGGACGUCGAAAACAAUGUGACGAUUUAUGAAUGCAGAGACUGGAAUAUUGAAGGCAGCUCGGGGAAGAUCGAUUACCCCCUGCUGCUGUUUGACUCUGUGGUUAUCCUCGCCUGCUUCACCUCUCUCAUCCUCUGCACACGAUCUGUCAUCAAUGGUGUCCAACUUCAGUUUGAGUUUAAUAUAUUCUUUCAUGCCUACUACAAAAAAGUUGUGAGCUGGUCGGAUCGCAUGGAGUUUAUUAACGGCUGGUAUAUUCUUAUAAUUGUCAGUGACACCCUGACUAUUGCUGGGUCAGCCCUUAAAAUUGGAAUACAAUCAAAGUUCCUGACAAAUUAUGAUGUGUGUAGUAUUUUGUUGGGAACAGCCACAAUGCUUGUCUGGAUUGGGGUGAUUCGUUACCUUGGUUUCUUCAAGAAAUACAAUAUCUUAAUCUUGACCCUGAGGGCAGCUUUCCCAAAUGUGAUCAGGUUCUGCUGUUGUGCGGCUAUGAUCUACCUCGGCUACUGCUUCUGUGGUUGGAUCGUGCUCGGUCCGUACCACGACAAAUUCAGAACACUUGACAAGGUGACAGAGUGUCUGUUUUCCCUCAUCAACGGUGAUGACAUGUACGCCACCUUUCUAAAGAUGAGAGACAAGAGCUACAUGGUGUGGCUGUUCAGCAGACUCUACCUCUACACCUUCAUCUCCCUCUUUAUCUACAUGGUGCUCAGCUUGUUCAUCGCUCUCAUCACUGACACAUAUGAGACCAUCAAGCAUAAUCAACAGGAGAAGGUUCCGGUGUCCCAGCUUCAGGCUUUCAUAGCCGAGUGCAGGGACCAGCCUGAGUCUGGAAGAUACCAGAUUGAUAAAGAGCCGCCAUCCUGCUGUUUUGGUUGAUACGCAAACAUGAAGUAUGUGAGCCAGAGACCGGAUCUGUGCUAAAUAUCAUCUUUCACCUGCGUUGAAGACCUUUUAGUUUGAUGUUGUCUUACUGAACACUACUCAGAUCAUAAGAGAUCAGAACAACUGUUUAGAGGGCUUGAUAUUAACUUUUAUUAACUGGGCAACUUUUAUUGAUAAAAAAUAUUUGUCAGAGAUGGUGGAAAAAAAACACAACCAAAAAUCAUAACACCAAAAUCUUGCCUUCUAACAUAUAAUGGAGUACAGUAUUAAACACCUGUAUUAAUUAUGGUAGAUUUAAUAUUGAAUUUGGAAUGUAUUAUGUUUUAUUUUCAUAAUUAUUAUUGUAGUAGUAGUAGUAGUAGUAGUAGUAGUAGUAGUAGUAGUAUUGCUGUUGUUGUGUUGUUUUUGUUAUUACAGUACAAUGCUUACAAAAAACGUAGGCCAUGUCUAGGUGUGUUGUUUUUGCAGGGAUGAAAUUAUCAUAGAUAUUUACUUUCUAUUAUUUUUAUAUGUCUUAAUAAUAGAUACACAAAAAAUUGAACUAAAUGAGUUUUAAAGGUUAAAGUGACAAUUUAGUGUGACUCCCGACCCCAUGACAAGAAGCAGCACAAACAGAAACAUCUUAUAUGUGUUCAGUGAAACCUGGUAUAAAAUAUACAAAAAAUGAUGCAAUAAAUCUCAUAUUUAUGAACAAAAGGGUUAAAGAAAUGCUAAAUGCAAAGAGAUAGCACACUAAAUAGUAUACCUCUUUGGCUUAUAGAAGCUAAUUUUUCCCUGAAAGUUUUUUUUUUUACUACAGUACAUACUUAUAGAUCUAUAUGUACAGAGUGUAUCUUAAUAAAGAGAAUGAGAAAUGCAUAUGUGUGUUUAUUAUAGUAAAACAGCAAUCCUUGGAUUUUUGAACAUUGCAGUAUGUUUUUUAGUAUCUCAUGCCUUGGUUUAAUUAUUAUAUGAUGAUGCUUUGAUAUGUUCUACACCUCACUGCUAUUACUCAUGCCAGCAAAGCCCUUGAAAUCAACUGAAAAACAUAUAAUAAUGAAAAAUCUGCACAUUGUAAGGAAGGUAUAUUUGGAUGGUUGUUUCUAAUCAUAUUCUGAUUUCACUGAUCUACAACUUUUUUUUUUUAAAUUGUUAUCUGUAACAGACAUUAAAUGUACUAAAUCUCAUACACUUUAGUAAGAUGAAUUGGAAAACAAAUGACAAAAGUGUUGGUUAGCUCAUAUUUUCAAUGCGUAUAAUUAAGUAUUACAUUGGUUUAUGAACAUUUAUACAAUAGAUUUAUAAAUCUUCCUCUAGAAAGAACCUGAAAAGUGAAUGUAAUGUAACAUGCAGUGUUACAUUUUGGGUUAAGAUAAAAUGCAAUAAAAUGAAAAUAAAAAUAAAAAAACGCUA